AUGGAUGCGUCAACUGAGGCUGGCCUGAACAAGGUAACUGUCGAGUGUACAGAUCCGUCCGGUCUACUUCCCGACGUUCAAGCCAUCCUCUCGAGGAGGCUUCCCCUGAAGAAUCUCCACUGGAAAUCACCGAGUCGGCCAGUCCGUUCAAUCGAGUCACUCCACAUCGACCUUAUCCCCGCCAAACAUGCUCCUGACGAGCAGGCGACACCCGGCGAUGCCGCCCCAAACACAGUGCCGCACCGACGACACCAAAUUCCGGGUCUGCGCCAAACUCCCUAUUUGAAAAUCUACCUUCUCCGCUGCGACGAUAAUGAAACCUACAAGGCAUCGUCCAGAAAGUUGCUGCGGGAAUGGAUCAAGACACACGCAGCCACGCAGCAAGCGAGCGGUGGCCCUGGCACUCAGGAUAACCACGAUGCGUUCGAAUGGCUCAUUCUGCACGUUCUGAAAGAUGGCGAUCCUCCGGAGAAGACGGCAAGCAUUUCAAAAUGGCCUGGCCGUGGCUCUACUUCCGUCCUCGAGAAAAUCAAAGCGGACUUCAAUGGGUCCUCCAAGCCAGCUGUUGACCGGGUAGCUCAACUCCGGCUCCCCAAGCCCGGAAGUAAGCAGGAACCUCCCGAAUUGAUCGAUCAGUUGAACGACCUGGUUGAGAAGAUGAAGAACGCGAUCCUUGCUUCCUUUGAUCUGCGGGUGGGGCAAUACGAGGAAGACAUUCGAGAGAAAGAUUCCCAGCGCAGCUUGCCUGGAUGGAACUUCUGCACUUUCUUUAUCCUCAAAGAGGGUCUGGCAAGAGGUUUCGAGAACAUGGGGCUCUUGGAGGACGCUCUGGUAGGAUAUGAUGAGCUUGCAGCAGGUUUGGAAACUGCUAUUGCUGAAUAUCUAUCCGGUACGAGCGACCAGCAUGGAGGUGUUUUCUUGCCCUACAGCAAGGACAGGAAAGAAAAAGCAGAAGCAGCACUGCAAGCCAUUGAAAAACGGUCGUCUAAAGGAGACGGCGACAAAAAUGACAGUGAUGGCUCUGAUAAUGACGACGGAAACGACAUCACGCUGGGCCUUGAUGAAGAACAUUUCCCUCUUGAUUCCUCAAAGAAGCCGUAUAGAGAGAUGAUUUUGGCGAACAAUAUCUCGAUAUUCGACUUUCGCACGUACGUCUUUUCUCGACAAUUGACCUUACUUCUCAGAGCGGCCGGGGCGCCAUACUUGCGAGACAAGGAGAACACAGCAGACCAAAAGUCAGGGCAAAAGGUCAAAGAGGAAAACCUCAGUCUUCUCGCCGAAGUGUGCGAGCGAGCAACUGAGUUCAUCGGCGUUGCUGCCCGCACCCUUAGAUAUGAUCUGGAGUGUGGCCUGGCAGAUACUCAAGCCGAUGACGCCACCAAAACAAGUGUGAUAAAUAAUAUCGUCUCCUCUUGGACAUACGCUGCCUCCUGUCAGAUCUUAUCUCAGACUGCCACUCCGGCCCUAAUACUGCCUGAGUCGUCUUUGCGAAAAGCAAGAAACUCAACCGACGCAUCUGCCGCGGCCGCAGAAACCAGACCCAACAUCCCAAGACGAUCGAGCUCUUUACUCCCACCUACUGCUGCUUCAGGACAGUCAAUGAAGCAUGCCACUUCCGAUCACCAAACCACCAGCAACCAGGCAGCCCCAAAGACAGGCAGUGAGGAUCUUGCAUCUGGCAGAGGCGAACUAUGUCAGUUGGCCCGGGGGACUCUGGAAGAGAUUGGUAGACGAAGUGGAUGGGUCGAGAAAUGGAAAAAUCUCAAUCUGCUCUUCGAUGAUAGCACUGCCGCGUCGGAUGAGUUGGAAGAAGUGACAUUAGAUAAUGACGACACUCAGACAACGAAGCAAUCCGCUUCGAAUCACGGCCAUGCUUGUCGACUGGACGGUAUUGAAUUGCCGGUGUUGAGACGUGCCCUUUCGUCGAAAGAGAAGUUUAAUCUUCUAUAUGAAGAACUGGCUGACCAGAUGUGUCGCCACUAUAUUGCUGCAAGCCGGACGAGAUCUGCGCAGGCCGCAAUGACAGAGAUCGCCUUGAUGAGAUUUCGCCAGGAAGAUUACAAGACCGCUGCAGCCUACUUUCAUCAGAUAGCCCCAUUUUACGCUAACAGCCACUGGGUGGUGCUGGAGGGUACCAUUCUGGAGCUGUAUGCUCGAUGUUUGAAAGAGUUAAAACAGAAUGAGGAAUACGUCCGCACUCUACUGAAACUCCUUUCUCGAUAUGCGUGGUACAUUCAGUCAAAACUCUCAAAAAGGCAGAAGAUGACGGCCGCCUUGUCUACUCCUUCUGCUCGAAGUGCUGUGCACCCUUACAUCGAGGACUUGCUACAAGCCUCUGCAGGCCUUCAGAAGGAAUGCAGCGUCCCGCUGACCGAUUUUUUCGGUGAUCUGGAAGUCGAUCCAGAAAUCCGCCACUACGAGGAUAAGGAUGGAUUCCAGCUCCAGCUCCGCUUGCGGUUCUUUUUGGACAAAGACAUCAAGAUCGAGUCUUUAAAGAUGCGACUUGUCAAUGGGAGAGGUACCCAGGCUAAUGAGGUCUGGCUUGAGCACUUGGAGGAGAUGUUGAUUAAAUCAUCGUCCACCAAGUUGCUGAUUGGGUCUUCGACAACGCUGCAGGGAAAAUACUUUGUGGACCGCAUUGAAAUGCGAACUGGGAAUAUUGUUUUCACUCUCGGGGGGGCCAGUUCGUCGGCAUUCCCGCCUGGGUUCAGGGACACAGAUGAAUCUGAGGAAGAGAAAAGGCCAUAUAUCUGGUGUUAUCCGCCGGUUAAUGGGCUUGAAGCUAGACUUUCCUCUCCACACUGCAUUAAUCUCGAAGAGAUGAGGACGUUGGAGAUUGAGCUGGAAAGUGGGCGGAAUGCUGUGAACAAGGGCGUACUCCGUGUACGACCUGCAACGGCUGGCCUACGACUUCGAAUCUCAGAAACGACGAUAGUUGAUGGGCAAAUUGAGAUGACCCCCAAUCCGGAGUCGGGCAAUAUCGAAUUUGUCAAUUUUGGGCCCGAUGCCUCUGUUCGGUUCCGACUACCGUACACGGUUGAUGAGAACCAUACCAUGCUCUCGGCGAGAUUAGAGGUCGUAUAUGUGACGGACAAGGGUCGUUUUACUUAUUCUUCAGCCAACACGAUCGUCUCAACCCUGCCGGUCAGCGUUAAUGUUCAGGACAUCUUUAAGGACGAUGUGCUAUUUUCUCGAUUCACAGUGAGCCCGGCGAUGCUGGUUCCUCUCCGAGUUCUAGGCUGUGAGAUUCCGAGCUCGGAGUUCUAUGAAGUGGAAUCCAGCAUUCAAGGCCCGGUUGCGAUGGAUGUCUUCCCGAAACAGCCGGCUUCGAUCCUCUACAAGAUCAGGCAACGACAGAACCGGGCGCGAAUGCAAGGCUCAAAGCGAUCUCUCCGUCUUACAGUCAAGUUUACCUGUCUCGAUGAGGAAUGUCUGGCGCUCGUCAGGCAGAAAUUUCGAGAGGCCAUUGAGCGGAGCAAAUUUGGGCACUUGUCGCGGCUGCUCACUCCAUAUAUCGUGGAGGCCUUUCGAACGCAGUUGUCCACGUCGGACAUGGAGACGAUCGGAUUGGUGAGGGAGGUAGAGAUGUUGCCUUUUGAGAGCGUGCAGUGGGGGGUUGUGGUGAGCGCGCUGAAAGAGCCUCUUCGGAAAGAAGUUCAAGAUUGGCUCUUGCAAUGGCAUGAGUCCAACCCUGUGCUCCGCCUCCCAGAUCCCGACCCAUCGAUCCUCAGCAAGCAGAUCGUCAUUCCUGUCGACGUCCCCGAGGUCGAGGUUGUGCAUACGGCAGAGUUGCGACUGAGCAAUCUGACAGGUCAACCCGACCGCGACCCGGUGCAUGCUGCGGUUGGGCACAUGAUACCGGCUGAGCUGCAUCUGCGGCAUACGCGACGAUGGAGUUCGUCGGCGGAGAGCGUCCCGUUGGAGUUUUCGUACGAGAUCCAUGCAAAUCCGGAGUUGUGGCUCGUGGGUGGUCGCAAACGGGGAAAUUUCACUGCUGAGGAGGGCGAGACACGCACGUUUGCCAUCAUGCUGCUACCACAGCGCGCAGGGCAUCUUCUGUUGCCUGCCAUUGAGAUCAAGACCUUUGCAGCGGCGACUCCGGCUGGUGGUGGCAGUGCUGGUGCGGGGGGACCUGCAGGCGGUCCUUUGCAGCACCAACGACGGGCGAUCCACAGCGAAGUAGACUAUCGAAAUCACGGUGAAACAGUGCUGGUGUUGCCGGAUCUGAAGAAGACGACUAUCAGUUUAGAGUCUGGGAAUCCACCGGGGUCGUGGCUGGUAGAUUCGGAGUCAAGGACUGAGAUUGACGUCUGA